AUGCCGCCCCCGCGACAUCUUCUAGCACCGCGAAUUACAGGAUUCAUAUGCAGAUCAUGUCUGUUACGAUUAGAGCCGCCGCGCACACCGCGUCCACCAUGGUUAACGCGGAAUGCGACAAGCAAAGCGGGCCGUCCGCAGCGAGGCAGCAAACCUUCUCCGAAAGAAGAAGACAAAAUUGUACGGUAUUAUGAUCAAACGCCAGAUGGGGAGAGGAGAGAAGUUCCCGAGUAUGGAGAGGAAGAAGCUUUCCUCGACUCGAUAGGCGCCGAGAUGGGGGAAAUAAACGCGAAAUACAAAGAAAUUUUGGGACCAGAAAAAUAUGAUGCAACUGCGGAGGAGGAUAUGGAACAUGCUAUUCAAGGGAGAAUCAAUGAGGAGGAAGAUACGCGGGACAUUACUAUGGCCACCAACGAUCUUGAAAACCUCAUCGCUAAGAUCAAAGCCCUUUCGGAUAAAGAGGUGGUUACUGAGGACGACAAGAAGAAAAUUAGGGAGAUCCUGUUCAAUAUUAAGCCUAACCCCGAAAUUCUUAAAUUUAGAAGAGAUCGCGAUUCAAGAAGCUUUGAAGAUCUUGAUCCAGAAGAUGUUCCACCCGACCCGUCCAACAUCCAACCAGGCGUGAUCCCGCGUUUCGAAGAUUCAAUAGCAUGGAGAUCUCCCUCCAAGAACUCAGAGGCCGCCAUUGGUGGUACCGGGAUCGACUUCGAUAUUCCCCUUAGACACUUCCCCGAAUCGUUUCGACCAUAUAUCAGAGCCCUCGUAGCCAACCUUCAAAGAAUCCCAGGGGCAACAAGUGAAGAGAACAGAAAGCUUCGAAGAACGUUGUGGCGCUCAUAUCUCAUGUGCCGAAGUGCUCUAGUUUCUAUGCCUAGCAGAAUCCCUCGUGGAUUCUGGUCACAUCUAUGGAUGUUGUUCUCAAAGGACGAUUCCACGAAUUAUGUUGAUCGUAUGGCGCACAUCAUGUACCUAGGCGAGGAUAUGCAGAAAGCAAAUACGGCCAUGGAUUUAAGCCAGAAGUUUCUCUAUCUAGAGGCUCUCCUCGUCCACGGGAAUUUAGAAGUGGCAGAACGUUUAUGGAAAUCUUGCGAGGGCGAAGCCAAAGCUAAAGGUCGGUCGGGGGAGUCUUUCGAACUUGGUGUGAAGCUCUUCUGUCGAAAGGGGGAACCCAAUCGUGCAUUAGAACUUGCGAAUAAACGCUUGUCUGGACGAGAGAUGGAUGGCUCUGCUUAUCGUAUCUUGCUUCCAAUCCUGCAAACCUGUCUUGCUAUCAAUAAACCAAGUUCGAUCCAAAUGGCCUGGGAAAUAUACUGCCAGCUGAGAAUCAAAUUGGGCUCGGAAAUGAAGAUAGGAGAUUGGGAUACAAUAACCAUGAGUUUCCUGGAAGCGGAUAGGUCCAAUAUGGCAUUGGCGACUUUCAAAGACAUGAUGCUCAAGCCAAACACCAAAAUCGACCACAAGUCCACAGAAGUGUACCACCCCAGGGACUCUAAAAAUGGGCUUAGUGUCAAGGUCGACACACCCGUUCGACUUCCCUCCGAGUUCAACAACAAAUUCUUUUUCGGUAGCUGGAUUAAAAAACUCCUUGGUGAUGGAGAGAUUGAUGCUGCCAAAAAGGUUUUUGACCUUAUGGCUGACCGAGGGAUGCUCCCUGAUGCUCGGCAUGUAAAUGGAUUUAUCGGCGCUUGCAUACGUGAGGGCACGCAAGAUCGAAUCUCCUUGGCUGAAGAUAUAGCUUGGAAAAUGAUCAGCCGACGGCUAGACAUUGUCAGCGUACGCAGGGCACCUUCUGACCUGGAAGCACCGCUCAGAGCCAUAGACUCCACUGGCAAACCAGCCGUGAAGAGUCUAGCUGUGGGUUUCGCUCCUCCGGCCACAAUUGAAACUUUUUGCAUUCUCGUUCAGCUAUACAGGCGGCGCCAACAGGACCAGUCUCUCACAGACCUCGUUGACGUAAUGCGACGAUCUGAAAUUACGCCUAAUACGGCAUUCAUGAAUGAGAUGCUCUCUGUCGAUGCUAAGAAUGUUAAAAACGACGGCUGGAUGUGGGAGAAGUAUCAGUCUCUCAGCGCGUCUGCAGCCUCAGCACCCGACUACGAAACUUUUACUAUAAUGUGGCGAACACUAUGUCAACAUUCUAACGGCAUGCUAAAUAGACCGCAUGAACGUCUUAAAGUUGCGAGAUCUCUGUUCUCGGAAAUGAUAAAGCACAAAUCUCGACUGAGGAAAGCAGGGCCUCUACCCAAGGAAGUUUAUGAUUAUAUCAUCUUAGGUUUUAGUCUCGCGGAGGAUCAGCCCGGUACAGCCGUAGCCCUCAAUGCUCUGAGAGUUCACUUCAGUGCGUCUCCAGACGAAGACACAGCUCGAACAAUCAUACUUCAGCUUGCUAAACUUGGUCAAAAGAACCCGCAUGGUUACAGAAGCCGCCGCCUAGGCUUAAGAAACGCUGCAACUCAAGCCAGGAUCGAAAAGGUCACAAAGGUUUUCCAGCAGUUGAAAAAAGCUCGCGACGAGGCGCUGCUUCAACAGGGGACGGUUUUCGACAAUUUGUCCGAGGAGGAGAAAUCACGAGAAGCUUUGAUUGUAUUGACAGAGUUGCUUCGGCAUGCCUUUCAGACCAAGACUGAAACUGAGGAAAGGAAGCUCUAUACAGUAUCGGUAGUGUGUGAGAAAGCAGCCGAACAGAUGAGCGUUCCGGAAUGCGCUACUUGGGCGCCGUCAUAG